AAGAGGUAACAUGGAGUGAAAACUAGGAACCCGAUUAUUUUGUAAGGUGUUCAGAAGGCUCGAAAUAAAUAAGGAAGUAAUUGGUAAUAAUUCGAUCGUAUUGCAAUUUCUUUUAUUCGAAUUAUUAAUUGUACAUUCGAGGUAAAAUUACAUCGUAUUUCCCAUAAUCACAUGCGCAAUGAUAGGAAUGAGGUUAUGAGAUCGAUCGUUUAAUAAAUAAAGAUAAGAAUUAUGCAAAUAUUGCGUCAAUUUGCACGUUAGAAGCGAUGCAUCAUUGCAAGUGCAAAUACCAAGAUGUGACGUAGCAGGAAAAGGUAAUGAAAUCGUGGUAGGAUUACCACCAGAUUCCAAAUAUGGGAAAGCCAACAAGAGUAGUCGUCUGCGGAAUGAAAGGAGUAGGAAAAACGGCAUUGCUGGAGCAACUCAUAUAUGGAAAUAUCACUCCGAAAACGGAAAUUCAUCCUACGAUAGAAGACAUCUAUGUUGCUAACAUAGAAACAGACCGCGGUACAAAAGAGAGAGUUAGAUUUUACGACACAGCGGGUUUAGAGUCGUUGCAAAGCAACGCGAAUAACCAGCAGCUUCCCAGACACUACCUUGGUUUUGCAGAUGGCUACAUCUUAGUAUACGACACUACCAAACCAGAAUCUUUGGAUGUUCUAUUUCCAUUGAAGAAGGACAUCGAUAAGAACAAGGAUAAGAAAGAAAUAACGGUAAUAGUUUUAGGUAAUAAAACUAGCAAUGAAAAUAAAUCUAAUAGCUUAGAGAAUACAUCUAAUAAGGCAAGCAAUUGGUGCACCAGGGAAAAGGUAAAGCAUUAUGAGAUCAACGUGAUGGAUAGACAAACUUUGUUCGAUCCUUUCGUCUAUUUGUCGUCUAGGUUAAAUCCACCUCCGAACAAAAGUACGUUUCCUCAAUUGAGCAUGGGUAGGAAAAUGAUUAAAACUGAGACUCCGUGAGAUAAACAAUUGAUAUCGUUUAAUUACAACUAAUAUUUGAAAGUAAUUCACUUGGCUGUGGAAAUAUAUCGUUGUAUUAAAUAUACGAUAUAUGUUAUAAAGUAUAACAAAACAAAAAAACUAUAAUGAUAUUUAAGUUUAUUUAAAAAUUUGUUCAAGGGUCUAAUCGAGUACUCUUGAUUUAGAUUAAGAAUAUCAAAGUACUUAACUAAUUUAUCUUUAUACAACAUGCAUUUUAAUACGGUCUUCCUAAGUUAUGUUAUAGAAUGCAUCGCGUAUAAUACUGAUUAAUGACAUGGUAUUUCGCUCAGAGGAUCGUAUACUCGUUUUUAAACAUCACUUUAUCUAUUAAGCAAUAUGGCUUGAAGUACUUAAGUAAAACUUUUCAUCGGUAACAACAAUAGUCAAGCUGAAGGCGAGCUACGUGCUAAAUAUGAACUUUUAUAUUGCAUUUAUCACUCAUAAGCAACAAAUUACCAUUCUAUCGGUUUUGCCAGCUGCUGUAAACGUAUACUUGUGUUAAAUACGUAAUCCCAAAUUUUACUACUAAUACCGAAACCUACGAAGGAUAAAUCAUUAAAUAAAUACUUGUGAAAUGUAAAUAAACAAACGAAUCGUAAGAUAAUUACCUUUAUCAUGAUGCGAGAAAUGAUGAUAAUUGUGAUAUCUUUUCAAAUCAUAAAAAUAUGUUUUGGCAUUGGGUUUACCAUAAUGCAAAUAAUAGUGCGUUAAAUCGUAACACAAGUAUCCUGUGAAAAAUGAAGAAACUUUUAGGUUUACAUUAUUUAUUUAAAUUUAUUUAAUUUAUAUCGUAUAGUGUGUUUAAUUAUACAUUUAGGGAAAUUAUUAUACUUCACCUGCAACAGUUCCAGCACUAAUAAAGUUGGCUAUAAAGUCAGGAAAUAUCGAUAUGUACAGAUUCCAUAUGCCUACUGCUAUGAUAACACCAGCUACAGGUGGAAAUACUAAUCUUUGACCAUCAAAAGGUGCCUAGUUUUAACAAAAACAAAAGGGAUCUAUAAAUUUAUAUUUAAAAAGUAUAUAUAUAUAUAUAUAUAUAUUACAUAUACAUUUAUAUAUUUAUAUACUUAUAUACUUAUAUAUUUAUAUAUACAUACACACACACACACACACAUUUUAUAUAAAGAGAAAGAAUUGAUAGAAGACCAAAUUGAGUUUGUAGCUUCCUGUUCUAAGAAAGGCAACAAACUGCCACUUUGUAUGAUUCAUUUUAUGUUAGACAUAGUUCAGUGAGUUCAUUGAACGAACGUUUGCAUACUGAAUUAUCUUUCAAGAAACGUGUCUACGAUAUUUGCAGUCUCUCAACUGCUUGGAUUAGAUCUUAAUCGUGACGUUACCGAACGUACGAAUAUAUUUUUAAUGAAAAAUUUCUAGUUACCUUAUGAUGCAAACCAUGAAGAAGGAAAUGUAACGUGAUAAGUAUUUUCGAAUUCCCUGGCGGCCUGAAGUGAAACAAUUUACGGUGUAACAGAUAUUCCUCAAAUGUCCACAAUAAUACACCUCCCGCGAAGGCAAGGAGGCCUUCUAAUAAAGAAAAAACUAAAAACGAAGGCUGUAUAUGUAACUUUUUUUUUAUCGUUUCUCUUAAACAUUUUGUAAUGAUUUUUUUUUAUUUCUUUCUCGCUUUUUUUAUUAUUUUUUUUUUUAUUCUUUUUUUUAUAAUUUUAUGGCGCAAUUAGAUGACUCGAAGUGAUGGAAACGUUGCGAGUACUUAUACAAUUUUUUUUUUUUUUUUUUAAUUAAAUACGAAGGUCGAAUAAACGAUCAAAAAUUUUUUUUCUUCUCGAAUAGACGCUUCUUUAAAUAAAAUCAAAUCUUUCUAUGUAGAGAAAUCGUGAAUACUUACUUGGAAAUUGACGAGUAAUGCUUAGACUAAAUCCAGUAUAGAGAAAAUAUGCACAAAUAGGAAUCCAAACGAUCGGUAUCAGGUACCAUGGUGUGAUUGUUAAAAAUUCCAAUAUAUCUGAUCGAAAAAGUCGUAUUGGUCGAUUUACCGGUAGAUUCACCCACUGCCAAUAUCGAUCACUUAAAUCGCCCACUUGACUUAAUAAAGGUGUGUUCCAAUCGAUCAAACUCUAAGACGAUUCUUCGAUUAAAUUUUUUUUUCUUUUUUUUUUUUUCUUUUUUGCAAGAUUGUACGUUCUGACACACACACAUAUAUAUAGAUAUUUCGAUCAUAUUUUUUCUCAAAAUUGAUAAUUUCUCAAAGUGAUAAUAGAAUCUUCGCAACGUAUUGAUUAGACAUUGUCUAUUUUAAUCAAUGAAUGAAAUGAAAUAUUUUUUUUUUAUUUAAUUUAUUGGAAGAACAAAUUUUUAAACAAACAAAUCCCGCUGCAUGUCACAGAAAAAAUAAAAGAACAAAGAGAAAAAAGAAGAUAGACAAGAUAAAAUGGACUGUUCAAUUAUUCUCGGAAUUAAAGGCAAAAAUUGCAUGGAACGUAUAGAACAGAAAAUGACUAUCUUUUAUAUUUGAUUGUUGCGUAAUUACUAUUGUAUUUAGUGUUUUAUAAUCCAUCAUUUUUUUUUCUCAUUUUUUCUUUUCAUUUCUUUUCCUUAUUUUUUCUUUUCUUUCCUUUUUCUUUUUACGUUGAAAAUGAACAAAAAAUCGUAGAUUUUAAUCGAAUCAAUUUUAUCAAUCGAAUUAAUGAAAUUCACUCUCCCCUAGCUCCAAAGAAAGGACGAAUAACGCGAAAAAAUGAUAUGCAACAUUGUUAUUCAAUUAUGAUUCACGUUCGUAUCGCUUGUCAUUGAAUCAUUUCACAGAAAUUUUUUUAAUUCAUUUCAGAAAUAUGACACAUUAAGAGUUUAUAUAGAUCUCGAUUAUCUUUAUAUAAGUAUCACUUGAGAAAGAAAAGCGCGAUAAUGAUUAACAUUGUGUGAAGAAUUUUUAAUGAAACUUACUUCAACCUCGUCAUACUUGAUUUUAUUAUCCAAUGCAUAUUCAUUGAACAAAUGAAGGGCCGCAUCCGAAUGGGGAUAUUCUUUUAAAACACGAUCCAAAUUUUUUUCCUUGUACGAACUAAGUGUCUUCCUACCACCCGGAUGAUUAUUUAAAAAUGCACGAAUAUCGUAAAUACGUCCUUUGUAUUUAACAAUAAAUUUAUCCUCCUUCUCUGUUUCAUUGUCAGAUACAAAACGUCUUCUUUCAUCUUGCGAUCUUUUCGCAAUAGCAUCAUCAUCAAUAACAUCAUCGUCGGAUUGAAAACUGUUAAUAUUACGCAACUUAACGGAAUUAUGAUCAUGUGAUAUAAUAUUGACAGUAUUUUUCAACUCUUUCAUAACGAGUUUCGAUAUUUUAAUCUUUUAUUAAAAAGUUCUUUUUUUAUUCUAUAAAUCCAACUUCACUGAAAAUAUAUAUCACUAACCACAGAGAUUAGACAACGUUAACACGCCAGUCACGCACAUACUACACCACGUUCUACGCCUACCUUGUUAAAAGCCUCAUAGAUAAGAUUUCACAGGCGGCAUUACGUGAACGUUCCGAUUAUAAUCGUACUUCAUCGCUAAAUUUAAUAUUAUCAUCGAUAUGUAACCGUUCUCUUUUACUUCGGUGAUUUUCGAUAUUAAUGAACAUAUCUGCUCCUCUCUCUCUCUCUCUCUCUCCCUCUCUUUCUCGCUUUCUUUCUCUCUUUCUCUCUUCCUUUUCCUUGUUCUCUUCCUCCUCCUUCUCUCUCUCCUUUUGUCUCUCUGUUUGUAUCUUUAUCUUUCUUCUCUCUCGUUUUCGUACUCUGUAAUAAACGUAACACAACGAGCGUAACGUGUCAUUUAUUGUCCUUGUAACAGAACAGUUUUACAAACGAUAUUGCACAUAUAUUUAUUAAAAUACGAUUGCAUUUUUAACACGAAUACGUAAUAAGGUAACACAUAAAGUACAUCGUUUUUCCUUUUUUCUUGUUCUUCUUUUCUUCGAGAUAAAAAGACGCAAUUCAUAUCUUUUCUUCCCCUUCAAAUUUUCAAUUUUUUUUUUACAUUUAAAUCGUAUAGUAGAUAUCGUUUACAGUAGUCGAGAUAUCGUGAAUUAAUUGAAUGAUCAUUAGAACGAUAGUACAAGGAAAAUUUAUUACAGAUAGAUGUCUAUGUAAAUAGAUUUCUGAAAGACUGUGUAUAUAACGUCCUUGUAGAAUGAAUCAUUCUCUGAUAUAGUCGGCUUUUCUCAAAUAAAUAUUUGACAGAUUUCAAGAACUGUUUGAAUUUAUUUGACGAACGGGACUUAUUCUUUGAGUUAGGGAAUCAUGGUUAAAUUUACGCGAGCUUACACGUCACCGAAUAAAAUUUAGUUCGAGUAAAAAUAUGAAACAGGAAAAAAGAUAAAAAGAAAAUACGCCUUCGGUGUUAGCAAAAAAGCUCGACCUUGCAUUUGUAAUGUUAAUUGCUGCGUUUGAUUAUUCAUAUUUUAAUAUCAACAUAGAGUAUUUACAUAACCAGUUGGAAUUAAUUAUUACAUCGAUUUACGAAUAAUUAUCGAUCGUCGGUUGAAUGCAAUUUUAUUUGAAAGAGAAAAAAGAAAUUAAAGGAAAAAAGUAAAAUUAAUUAUAAUCGUUUAUACAUAUAGACGCGUUCGAUAUUUGCAUCUUAAUCAUAUUUUAACAUCAUCAUCGAUUAUUAUAUUUAUAUAAUCAGCUAAACUAAUAUCACAUCGAUACGGGAUAAUUAACGAUCGUCAAUUAAACAUAAACUUCAUUCGAUUGUAUAAUUAUAGGGGAAACGAAAAAUAAGUAAAAAGAAAAGACAAAGAAAAACAGAGGAAAAAGAAUUAAAUCGCAGAAAAAAAUUUCCUUUUGUCUCCAAUAAAUAAGCUUUUAUUCAAACACUUUGAAUUAUUGUAUACAAUACGUCCUAAUAAUCGAUCUAUGUCAAGUGACUAAUUUUUUAUAUCGUACAGUGACGAAACUCGAGGUAUUCUUUCUCGCUCUCUCCCUCGCUCCCUCUCUCUCUUUUUCUGUAUCCUUAAAAUAAUAAUUAAAAAACAAAAUAAACGAACGGACUAUAGGAGAAAAAAAAGAAUAAAAAAAGAAAUUAAAAAAUGAGCAUUCGGGCCGAUCAAAGAAAACUCGUAUAUACACAUAUACUGUGAGAUUUAUGUGUAUAUUAAGAUAUAUAUAUUAUUAUUAUUAUUAUUAUUAUUAAUAUUAUUAGUAUUAUUAUUAUUAAUAUUAUUAUUAUUAUUAUUGUUAUUAUUAUUAUACAUAAUGUUCGGGCAUUAAAAAAUACAUCGACGACUUUAAAUGUUCUUCUAUCUCUCUCUCUUUCUUUCUCGUUCACACUAUAUCUUCCACUCUUGCUUCCUCUCAUUCAUCAUCACCUUCCCUGCCUCUCUUUCUCUCUUUCUGCCUUGUCGAUAUUUAUAAAAUGUUUGUCAGACUUAGAAUGCGUUUGAUGACUCGCUCUCUGUUUCUCAAAAAAGUCGAUAUAACGGAAUUCGUGAUAACGAUAAGAUCUUAUCUUUCUAUCUUUCUUUUCUAGUUUCUUUUCUUUACUCCUGUCUAGUUUCCUCUCCGCUCGAAAUAAUUAUUUACCAACUUGCCCGUAACGUAAACGUAAUUUUCUACGUAAUUUUUCUUUUUUUCUUUUUUUUUUUUUCUUUUUUUUUUCUUAACGAUUUCAAAUCCAAAAAAUAUAUUUCCACGAGCUAAAUAACACGAAAAAUUAUAUUUCCCUGUUUAAUCCGCAAUAAUAUUGAUUUUUUAAUUUAUUUAACCAUUCUUCUCCUUUCUAUGAAGCCGACGAUCUUAUCUAUUUGCGAACAUACAUAUACAUAACGUUAAUACGCUCUUUUUCUCCCUUUCUUCCUAUUGAUAACUCGAGAUAAGAAUUGAAUGUAAACCGGCAUUUUUGUUUGUAAUUAUGUAUUUAAGAAGAGGCCAAUAAUUAUUUUAUAUUCGAUUCGGUUCGUUCGACUGAUUCGUUCGUGCAAAAAAAAAGGAAAAGGAGAAAAGAAGAAACCAAACCAGUUAGAAAGAUUAGAAAAAAAAUAAAUAUAUACGUGGUUAGUUAUAAUAAACGAGAAGAAUGAAUUUUAGUCGAAGACCUUAAUUCGGAGGCAAGCCUCGCUAAAACUAAUCGUCUAAAAUUUCAAUCUUUGGUAAUAUUAGGUAUAGUUUAAUACGGAUAGAGUAACGCGAUCGACGACUGGUUUUUAUUUUUUAUUUUUUUUUAUUUAUUCUUUUAAUUCUUUUUUUUUCUUUUUUAUUUUCUAAUCUUAACGCCUCGUUGUACGAUCCAAACGCAUUUUACUGGAGCUAGAGCGUAGCCGAACUAAUUGGAAGUAAGUUUAGGAACGAUGCAGUUUUUCAUUGGGAUAUUUUCGAUCGAUUUAUUAUCUUUUGUCCCUCCCUUUUUCUUCUCGACUUGUCCCCUUUCCCAUCGCUAUUGCUCCUUUUUCUAAUCCCUCUUCGCCUUCUUCUUCUUUUUCUAAGUUUUUUCCUUCGUUAGAAUUUUCUUUAGAAAUUCGUCGUCUCGUUCGAUCCGUCUCUGUGCUUUAAUAUAACGUGUACAUAUAUACAUAUAGGUACAGUGCUUCAGGUCGAUUAGGAUGAUUUAUUUGAAAUAUUUUCAAUCUAUAAAUUUCAAUAAAUUUCAUACAAUCGAUAUCAUUCGAAAAUUUUUCUUGAUAGUGUGAAAAUGAUCUUGAUCAUCCUAGUACGGAUUAUACAAAUUCUCACGAUUUCAAACAGCUGGACCAGCCAAAUAACAUUUGUGUUUCUUUUUUUUUCUUUCUUCUUAUUUCUUUUUAUUUGUUUUUUUUUUUUUUCUUUUCAUAUAUCAUAUAGCAAACAAAUGUCAGACAAUAAAAUAUACUUUUGACAAAAGUUUCGAA